UUAUUAACAAUGUAUUUGUCUGAUAAAAAAUUAUUAGCAAUCGUUUUAUAUUCUGCAUUUGUAAACAACGAAUUUUUAAUUCCUGUUAGAGAUACUUGGGAUAAUCCUUGGAUAAUUGGAACUUCUGGAGCAUUAGCAAUAGGAUUCGUUGGCGCAUUAGUUGCACCAAUUAUUUUAUCAGCAAUAAUAUAUGGAUUAGGAUUUGGUGUAGAAGGCAUUGCAGCAAAUUCAUUUGCCUCUUGGUUUAUGUCAUUAUAUGGAGGUACGAUCGCACGUGGAAGUCUUAUUUCAAUUUUACAAUCGGUUGGAGCUGCUGGUUUAGGAACUUUGGGAACUUUCUUAAGCAGUAGUUUUGGAGCAGCUAUUGGAAUUCUUAUCGGAGCAAUUGGUGGUUCAAACCUUGCAUCAUAUUUAAAAGAAAUGGAUCUAACUGAAUUUGAAAAUCAAAUUCUUGAAAGUUUGGUUCAAAUUGAAGAAAAUAUUUAUCAAAAUAAUAGUAUUGUUAUAUUUACACUUAUGCCACUUUUAUUAUCUAAUAGUACAAUGUUAAAAUGUUUUGCUGAAACAUUUAUAUCUUGUUCACCAUUUGUUAACUCUAAAUUAUUUAGAUUUGAUUUUAAAGACAUUAAUUUAUUAAAAUCAGAUGAAGGAAGGGUUAAUUAUAUUGUUAAUAAUUUGUUAAUUGGUGAUUAUAACAAAACCAGAGCAAAAUAUAUUUUUCAUGAUGAUUAUUUGAUCGGAUAUAAUUUAAAUCUUAGCGAUCAUGAACCAUCAAAUCUUAUGUUAAAUAUGUUAGUGGAAAUUUGGAACAUUUUAAAUGGUAAUAUUAUUGUAGAUUUUGGAAUUGAUAAUAUUCGUAAUCAAAUCAAUGAUGAAAUUCACAAUUUAAUAAAUUACUUUCAUGAUAAAGUUCAUCUUUAAUAGGCAUAGUACCGAAUAGUAGUACUUAUGCAUUUUAU